UUCUCACCCACAUUCGAUUCCGGAUAUUCCAGAAUGGUGGACUAACGCCUUAGCCAUUUCGGUCAUACGGCCUUCGAUUUAUAAAUAUUUUUAAUGUGCUCAUAAAUAUUAAAUGAUGAACAGAUGAUAAAUGAAUAUUGUGUCCAUCAUCGAACAUUUAAUAAUGGAUACUCAAAUAAGUACAUACAGAAAGUCUAUGUAUCAUAAUCCAUUGCUUCAUAGGACGCAAACCGCCAAGAGAAUGACGUAUUGCAUAAGAUUACCUGAUAAAAACUUUACCUACGGUAUGAAGAAUAUCUGUCUAGAUGGGGGAGUAGCCGAAGCCCUUGGUAAUUGGCAUAAAGGAACAUUAACACCUAGUAAAUCACCUGGUAAAAACUUCGUUAAAAUUAAUUAUGAUGCCGCAAAAUUUCGUGCAACAAAUGCUGUGGAACAAAAAUACUUUAGAGAAGAAUUCUGUAAAGGGGAGAAAUACUUACUUCGACCACAAAAGACGUUUGGAACCAUUAAAAUUCCAGAUAUUAUAUUCGGAAAACCUAAUAAAUACGAUGAAAAUAUAUCUUUACUUCUUCAGAAUGCUUAUUUUCACAGAUGGCUUGAUAAGAUGAAGAAGAAAGAAGUGCAAAAAAGGAAUAUUUUGCCUCCUCCAAAUUUUAUAAAAGAAAAUAUAGUAAAAAAUCGGAUGCCAAUUCUGCCUCCUCCAGCUCCUGUGCAGAAACCGUGGAAAAUGGCAAGAUUCAUAAAGUUAGGCCAUCGAGUCGAUUGUUGGAACAGAGCUUAUGGUUUCCAACCUAUUUCCGUUCAUAAGCCGAUUAUAGUGGAUGAGGAUCUUAUAGACAAGAAACCCUAUAUAUGCGACGAAAACAGUCCUCCUAUAAACAUAGACCAGGUUCUGGAAACUACUUGGAAAGAAAAUUCAGGAAAAAGUGAACCGGUACCUUCCAAAUUACCAUCAAUAAAAUCUGAAGCGGAAAAGAAAGAUGAAAAUCUUCAUAAAUGGAUACUUCCUCCCGGCUCUCAUUCUGUUUCUACUUCUAAGUUAACGGAUAAAUAUAGAAAAAAGUCACUUAUUUCUGUAUAAUUAUUUUAUCAUUAUAUUCAUUUUAAAUCGAAAUUAAAUGCAA